AUGCCUCGUUCUUCUCCUUCUGUGCACCGAGCUUCACACUCACGUCAACGAAGAAAGAAGACGUCGGACGGCGGGCGAGUGGCGUCUACUGUUUUUCUCCUCUGCGUUACAUUCCUUGCUAUCUUUUGUCUGCUUGGGGUUCCUGUGUCUGCGAAGCAGAACGAUGUGGGAUACGAAAAGUCAACAUAUGGACAUGUAAUUGGAAUUGACCUCGGAACGACUUAUUCAUGCGUUGGUGUCCAACGAGGCGGCCGAGUAGAGAUUAUCGCAAAUGAUCAGGGUCAUCGCAUCACUCCGUCAUGGGUUUCAUUCACAGAAGAAGAAAGACUUAUCGGUGAUGCCGCGAAGAAAACAUUCCACACAAACCCACGCAACACGGUCUUUGACGCUAAGCGGCUUAUAGGUCGUAGAUUCGACGAACCAGAGGUCUUACAAGACUUAAGGGAACUGCCCUUCAAGGUUUCGAAAAGCGAGUCUGGAAAGCCGCUUAUCCAUGUACAUCAUAAAGAGGAAGAGCGUAAAUUUACUCCGGAAGAAAUAAGUGCAAUGGUGCUUUCUAAGUUGAAAGAGACUGCGGAGGCAUAUCUUGGGGAAGAAGUCAAGUAUGCGGUCGUCACCGUUCCGGCAUAUUUCAACGAUGCUCAACGACAAGCUACAAAAGACGCUGGAACGAUCGCAGGCCUUCAAAUACUCCGCGUCCUCAACGAACCCACUGCAGCAGCCGUUGCCUACGGCCUUGACAAGAAACCCACAAACAACGGAGAGUCGCGUAUCAUUGUGUACGACCUUGGUGGUGGGACAUUUGAUGUCUCGCUUUUAUCCAUCGAAGACGGUGUCUUUGAAGUGCUCGCUACGGCGGGUGAUACUCACCUCGGAGGCGAAGACUUUGACAACCGUGUCAUCGAGUACUUCGUCCAGCUCUACAAACGGAAGACUGGUGUAGACGUUAGGGCGAGUAAGGAUCAUCGCGCAAUGGGGAAACUGAAACGUGCGGUUGAACAGGCGAAACGUGCGUUGUCGAGUCAGCAGUCUACACGCGUGGAGAUUGAGGCGUUUGAGAAUGGGAACGACUUUUCGGAGACGCUGACGAGAGCCAAAUUCGAGGAACUGAAUGCGGGUUUGUUCAAAAGGACGAUGGACCAUGUCGAGCAAGUCCUCAAGGACGCAGAUGUGAAGAAACGCGAGAUUGAUGAGAUUGUUUUGGUCGGAGGCUCCACGCGAAUACCCAAAGUUCAAGAACUCUUAAGGGAUUACUUCGGAAAGGAACCAUCAAAGAGUAUCAAUCCUGAUGAAGCAGUUGCAUACGGUGCAGCAGUACAGGGUGGCAUUCUCGCAGGUGACGAAGCAGUCGAGGUCUACACAAUCAUCGAUGCAUCCCCAAUUUCACUCGGUAUCGAGACGACUGGAGGUGUUAUGGCGACAAUUAUUCCUCGAUGGACUACAAUACCAGCGAAGAAAUCUCAAAUCUUCUCGACUGCGACGGACAACCAAGAAACUGUCAGAAUCCAGGUCUACGAGGGUGAACGUGCACUCACCAAGGAUAACAACCUCCUCGGGACGUUCGACCUAACAGGUAUCCCACCCGCACCACGUGGAGUCCCGCAAAUCGAAGUCACGUUCUCCGUCGAUCAGAACAGCAUCCUUAACGUUACCGCGGUCGAAAAAGUUACAGGACGCGCAGCAUCGAUCAAGAUAUUAAACGAUGGGCGACUUUCUGUCGACGAGAUUGGUCGAAUGCUAAGGGAGGCAGAGAGGUUUGCAGAGGAGGACGAGCGGAUGAGGAGACGUGUGGAGAAGAUGAACGAGCUUGCGAGUUUCGUUGCGAGUGUGAAGAGUCAAGUUACGGAUGAGCAGGGCCUUGGUGGGAAAGUCUCAGCAGCGGAUAAGCGAACACUGUUAACGGCAGUGAAGGACGUCGAGGUAUGGAUUGAGGAUGAGGGGCGAGACGCGAGUAGUGAUAACAUCGAGGAAAAGUUCCAAGGAGUGCAGAAUAUCGUGACAAAGAUCACGAGUAAGCUCUACUCUGAUGAAGGAACUCACACUCGACAUGUCGAGCUAUAGUAACAUUUCCCUAAAAUAAUACGAAUAGUAAUCCUUGUACAUAUGCAGAUCUAC